AUGACACUUUUCAUUGCCACUAUAAUAAUGAUUUAUGUGGCACAGGAUUACAAUCAAUGGAUUCCUUAUUCAGGCGGGGGUACUGGGGGCGGUGCUGGUGGUGGCGUUGGUGGGGGUAUAGGAUUCGGAUUUAAUGCUGGUGCAGGUGCUGGAUACGAAAUAGGAGGAAGAGGGGGUGAACGAGCAUAA